AUGUCCGAACCGGCUAGUCGGAGCCGCAGUCACUUGCGGAAAGCACCCAAACUAAGAGCUUCGUGUGACGCUUGCAGUUCGGCCAAAGUCCGUUGUACACAAACAAAACCUUCUUGCGCGAGGUGCACUAAACACGAUGUACCAUGUAUCUAUGGAAUCUCCAGGAGAUCUGGGAAAAGGAGUGCAGAGAGUUAUCAGGCUAUGAGAAGGAAUGCUGAGAUGGAAAUGGCAAACUCACCAGUCAAAGGCGAAAGGGGCGUCUCAGAGUCGAGUUCCAGCUGCCACUUAAUUAGCCGCGACACAAAAUCUAGCCUAGCGAUGAAUAUGGAAUUCAACCCACCCUCAAAUAUCACCUCUACGGGCCUUCCAACACCACCAAUGGCGAUGUCCAUGGAAUUUCUCGACUCUCCUGGACGUCUAGACUUUCCCGAGUCGCCUCGCUCAGAAUCCUCGGACUCAGUCCAAGAUCAGCAUCCAUCGUCGCCAGAUUCUUGUGCCGACCUUCCAGAUUAUCUCAAACAACAACUCAAAGACUGGGCAUUUGACAAUAUGUUCAUUCCAAACAUUCUGUCAGCCCCGGAAAUUUCACCAAAAUCCUCAGAUUGCCAGUCCAUGUUUGACCUUGAAAAUCCAGGUCUACAUAUCGAUUCGAGCAGUCAUGAGUAUAUAUUUCCAGAGGAUGAUGCGCCCCAGUACUUCAAACCGAGCUCCAUAUACUCUCAAAGCCCUGUGUCAGAGCCGGAUUUUGCUUCCUUCAACACAGGCCGACGCGAGAUAGACAACCUAGUGCUUUCCAUCGAGAACGACAACGAGAGUUAUAUCGAUCAGCCGCAACCAAAACAGAGCAAAAACGACACUUCAAACUGCAAAUCAUGUGCUUCUCAAUCCAAACACGCCGCCUCGGACUCAAACUCAAACUCAAACUCAAAGCGGUCCUGCCAUUGCUAUGAGAACAUCAUCUCCCAUCUCUCCCUUAGUCCUAAAGCGCAAAACACAAGUAAUUCAUACGACAUGUCCCUUGCUCAACUUCAAGAGACUCUCAAACUGGGUUCUGACGUUUUGAGUUGCUCAUGCAGCAAUGUCGAUCCCUCAGUUCCAAUCUCACUUUCCCUUCUCGCCGCUCGCAUUGUUUCCGUACUAGAGCGUCUUUGCCACCGUACCAUACAGGAUGAAUCUAUUGCCCCAGAGCAAGAUCAAGUCAGUUUUGACGGAAAUCGAUUUUCUUUGGGAAUGUACCAGAUCGCCAAAGAGGACGAGAGGCGUUUGAAGGAGGAAAUGCUUGGCAUUCAGAUAAAGAAAGCCGAGUUAUUAGUGUUGUGCUGUCGUGAAGUGGUCUCGCGAUCGAAUUUCAAGGACUUGCAAUCAAUCGUCUCUGGAAAGCUAUUCUCAUUUCUUGGAGAACAGGUUGGGGUUGUAAAACGAGAGUGGAAUUCAAGGAACGGAGGCUGA